AAACUCUUUCUUUCCCACACGACUAUUAAGCAUUUUUGUACUUGCUUCGUGUUACCUACCAACUGGGUAACUUACCGUCCUAAUUUUCAGUUUGCCGUGUGUUGCACUGUUACCUAGCUUGGUUAGCCAACAGUGCAACAAUUAGUUCUAGACCUUUACACGGCAUGUGGGCGAGGACACAGUUUCACGUCCAACAAGCACUCGCUAUGUUAGCUAUCUUAAAAUCAAUGUCCAUUCAUAUAGUCGCGGUUGAAAUAUCCUGGAAGCUAUUGACAGUUUCGCAGUUCCAAGCGUUUCUUCUACACAAACAAGCAAGAACACAGUGGAAUACAGAUGAUCCACAUUACAGUUGUGCACUUAAUUUCUAAAAUGAGGUUCACGCCGUUGAGAGUCUAAUCAGUUCUACCGAAUUGUUUCUAGCAGUACAUCUGUUGUUGAAUCGACUUUGUCUCUCGUUCACGGGUUGGGGCAUCGAUCUCGUAAACCAAAAAGCUCCAGCGGCAAAUGCCGUUGUGGCGAGACAUUCGGAUGCUACAAGGUACAGUAUCUGGUGAUUCUAGCCUUCACGCUAAUUACUCACCAACCCACAAUUGGCUUGGUCAAGAUUGAAAGCCUCGGUUCCAGACAAAUGAUCAGAACGUCACCGAGGAAAAACGACAUCAAUUUAACGUAAGGUCCUAUAAUAUCGCUGCCGUGGGCCAAAUCAUUUCAUCUUCCCAUAAAGCUCGCGAUGGUAACUAAUCCGACAUGGGUGCAGGCCCUCAAAGAGUCUGGAAGACCCGGAAGUAAAUGCCUUGAGCUUGAAAGAGAGAAGUCAAACGUCAACGUCGACAAGCUUGCCUGUCUCUUGCACACCAACGCUGUGCUCGAGCGAAACAACAGACUCCUUAAGAUUCUCCAAGACGAUCCGGUGUUCGACAAAUCGCAAAACUAUUUCCGUGGCCGUGACGAGAGGAUCAAAGCCGCACUCGCACGGGGAAAGCGAUUGCGUCAACUCUCAGUCCAACACAACUGGACGAAAGAGGAGUACCAUGCAGCCAACGAGCUGAUUUCCGAGCCGACUCCCUAUGGGCUGCACGCGAGCAUGUUCCUUGUAACCUUGCGGGAACAAGGCACGCCCGAGCAGCACGAGCUUUUUCUGAAGAAGGCCGAGAAUUACGAAAUCAUCGGCUGCUAUGCGCAGACCGAGCUGGGCCACGGCUCCAACGUUCGCGGCUUGGAGACGACGGCUACAUGGAAUCCCGAUAAUCAGACGUUCACGUUGCAUUCGCCGCACCUGACGGCGUCAAAGUGGUGGAUUGGGUCUUUGGGAAAGGCAGCAAACUAUGCUGUUGUGAUGGCGCAGUUGAUCAUCAAUGGAAAAUCGUAUGGGCCGCAUCCCUUCGUCGUUCAAGUUCGGGACUUGAAGACCCAUGAGCCACUGGAGAACAUAUAUGUAGGCGACAUCGGACCAAAGUUUGGAUACAACACGAUGGACAACGGUUUCCUUCUUUUCAACCAAAUAAAGAUUCCACAUGUCAACAUGCUGGCGCGAUUCUCGAGGGUUGAUCCAAAGACGAGCAAAUACAUGCGCCCAUCCAAUCCGUCACUCGUCUAUGGAACCCUUACAUGGGUCCGCUCCAACAUUGUCCUUCAGUCCGGUUCAGUGUUGGCCCGCGGUGUUACAAUUGCCAUCAGGUACUGCUCUGUGCGCCGGCAGUUCACCGACCGAGACGCCCCGGAAGACGAAGUAAAGGAGAAUCAAGUCAUCAACUACACCAUGGUCCAGCAGCGCUUGUUUCCGCUAUUGGCGGCCACGUUUGCUCUUCAUUUUACCGGACGAGGAAUGAUUGCUCUGUAUGAUGCCAAUCAGGCUGUGAUGAACAAGAGAGAACGUGGAGGAGGCUCUGCAGACGUUGGCCAAUUGUCGCGCGGACCAGGACCCGAAGAGCUUAACCCCGGGGCCGACCUCCUGGCGGACCUUCACGCAACUUCUUGUGCUUUGAAGGCACAUGCAUCUACUGUUGCUGGUGAAGGUUUAGAAACCUGUAGGAGAGCAUGCGGUGGCCAUGGCUACUCGUCAUUCUCCGGGUUAGGUUCGUGGUACGCCGACUACCUACCAACAUUGACUUGGGAAGGAGACAACUACAUGCUUACCCAACAGGUCUCCCGCUAUCUGUUGAAGUCGGCCAGGGCUGUUCUCGAAAACGCAAGCAAGAACGGAAAUUUUGAUGCAAACCUAGGAGACAACGACACCACUCGCAUUCUCAAAAACUAUCGCCGUCGCCAGGACAUGGGCGCCGCAUUCGACGUGCUUGGAAACGAUGAGGAGCUUGUCGAAGCGUUCGCCUGGCGGACGGCAUAUCUGACGUUUGAAGCCUUGCGCCACCGCGAUGAAGAAAAGCGUUCUUGGAACUCUCUGCUUGUGGACUUCUACCGCCUGUCGACGGCUCACGCGCAGUACAUGGUUGUGAAGAACUUUUACGGAGCGCUCUUUUCAUCGUCACUGCAAUCGUCUCUUCCAAAACCAACCAAGGAAGUGCUUCACCAGCUCUUCCGCCUUUACUCCCUCCACACGCUGGAGCGGGAGGCCUCAGAGUUCUUCCAGAGCGCGGCCUGCACCGUGAGGCAGAUUCAGCUAGCGAGGACCAAGAGCGUGCCGCAGCUCCUGGAGCAGAUCAGGCCUCAUGCCGUCCGUCUGGUGGACAGCUGGAUGUUCCCGGAUUGGCAACUCGACAGCAGCCUGGGUCGGUACGAUGGCAAUGUGUACGAGGACAUGUUCAAGCGAGCAAGUGAGGACAAUCCGUUGAACAAGGUCAUCUUCGACCCGUAUCCGGACAGUGAUGUGCUGUUCAAGAAAGACGAGCGUAGCAUUUCGAAGAGCAAAUUGUAAACGACGAAGACGCAGGUCUUGCUUUGGAUGUACAUGGAAGAAAAGGAAAAGAAAAGAGAUGCUAGACUGGCUAGCGCAAGCAGGAAAUCUGUUAUCGUUGGAUGACCGAUGAAAGAAUCUGAUAUUGCGCAUCUCCGCUGCUGACUAUGAAUUCCGUUACACAACAGCUCCAUAAUUCUGUCCCCGCGCGUGUGUCCGGCCAAGUGAGGUGCGGGCAUCUACAUCCUUCGUCCCGUGAGAUAAUGGAAGCUCUCGACGUGUUCAACCAGAAGCUCCCUUUUUUGACUCAAUCAUCU